UUGGCUCUCUAGCCACAUGUUAAGACAUAUCAUGAGCUCUAAACGAGUAAGCUCACGAUUUUAGCUCAACAAGCCGCCGAGUCGAGCUAGAUCGCUAGCUUCACGAGCUGAACAAAAGUUAGAUCGUGUUCGGCUCGUUUAUUAACGAGCCGAGUUUCGAACGAGCUUUUCUCGAGUCGAACGUCGAGCAGCUCGGCUCAUUUGCAGCCCUACCGAUGAUUGCACAAAGUGGUAAAUGAGUGGUCACAAUCAUAAUUUCAUUGGGUAGUAUUUUAAACAACUUUUGGUACAUUUCCCCGAAAUCAUUAAUGGAUUUGUUAUCCUUGUCAAUCACCCUUAAUAGCCCGGAAAAUUUACAAGGAUAGAUAGAUAGGUUCAUUUUCUGUUCGUCGGCUUGGAUGCUUCAAUGAAAAAUUGAAUAGGAACUCAAUAAAUUCGAACACAAGAUAAUGAUAUAUUAUUCUAACGACUGAAUGAGUACAUUAAGCAUCCCAACUGCCUCCUCUAUGACAUUACCAUCCAAAGCCGAAAAAUAAAAGUUAAUGUCAACUGGUUACCUAGAAGAACUUUCGCAUAACUGACAUUUGGGACAUGAACUCUUCAAAUGAAAACUUGUGUUGUACUAUCCAUUGUAACAUCUAUUGCUUCGUAACACAAUGCAUUAACGAAUUUCGUUAACAUUUAAUCCACACACCAGAAUUUUCAACCAAAAUCAUCCCCGAAGCUAGUCUACACAUCAAUUACAAAUGUCAUCAAAACACCAACCCUGGUGUUAAAAUGUCAAAGCCAACUAUAGGUAGUAGUUGGUUGCAAAGUGGAGACUUGGAAUCAAAGAAAAUUUGACGUUGUCCUCCGCUCCACGGAUCCGUUUUGCAACUUCCGCCGAAACAGACAAAGAAAACGGGCCUUGGCCCGUAGCGCACCAUCGACCACCGAAGAAUAUGCCGGCCGCCUGACCGGCCGGAGGGCCAACAAGGCGACGAUCUACCAAACAGUAUUAGAUUAUUAGUGAUAGAAGUAGAAGAAAAAUGACAAAGAAAAGAUACUAGACACCAAAAUGAGCCAAUUUAUAAAUUGAUCUCUCAACUCUCACCCAACGGAGGAUGAACGGUACAAUUCUUGUAAUCUAACGACAGUUCCCUUCUGUUACCUCUCCUUCUUCUUCGUUCUUCCUAUUUUUUGUUUUUAUGCAUAUAUAUAAGUAGUGGUGGUGAAAGAGACGCGCCAAACGGGGCUGUGUUAUAGGAUUUAUCCGAUUCCUUCGUCUCCCCCUUCACUGUCUUUCUUUCGGCCGGCCUUCCGCGGUGGACAUACUGUGACAGUACUUCCUUCUCCACCCAAUUCCCAUUUCCCAACUGACAGCAACCAACCAUCACCAAUAGAAAGAAACAGCUACUGAGAACAAAGAGGUAAGUGACGCCAAUUUCGCUACUUUGCUGUUUCACCUGUCAUUAGUGUCUGCAUAGCUCCCACUUAGAAAAAAGGAGCUAACUUUGAUGAUGGGUUCUGAUUUGAAUUGCUGGGUUUGGAUGGAUUUCCAUUGAGGCAGAAGUAAAUAGUAAUGUCAGUUUGGUUUUGCGUUGUUUAAUUUUCAAGACAGGUUUUUGAAUUGCCUGAUCGGGGUUUUCUGUGGCUGCUGGCGGUUCCCUUGAUAUAGUGUUCAAAUAGAGAAUAUGAGUACUAUAUAUGGGAGCAGCGCCAUGGCAAGCAUCUCCUCCCUCAACUUGAGUUGUGUGGACAACAAAGCUGCUGCUGGGCUUGGGUUCAGAGGCAGUGAAUCAAUGGGCAACUCUCUCAAAUUCCAUUCCGUUAAUCUUGCUGCCACCAGAUACAGGCACCAUUAUUCUGCUCCCUUGAAGGUAGUGUGCGUUGACUAUCCAAGACCAGACCUUGACAGCACUGCCAAUUUCUUGGAAGCUGCUUAUUUCUCUGCCUCCUUCCGUUCUUCCCCUCCCCCACCCAAGCCCUUGAAGGUUGUCAUUGCUGGUGCAGGUUUAGCUGGUUUAGCAACAGCAAAGUAUUUGGCAGAUGCAGGCCACAAGCCUAUAUUACUAGAAGCCAGAGAUGUUCUGGGAGGAAAGGUGGCUGCUUGGAAAGAUGAUGAUGGUGACUGGUACGAGACUGGCCUGCACAUUUUCUUCGGGGCAUACCCAAAUGUACAGAACCUAUUUGGAGAACUUGGCAUUAAUGAUAGAUUGCAAUGGAAGGAGCAUUCUAUGAUAUUUGCUAUGCCAAACAAGCCGGGAGAGUUUAGCAGAUUCGACUUUCCUGAAGUUCUCCCUGCUCCAUUAAAUGGGAUAUUAGCCAUCCUAAAGAAUAAUGAAAUGCUCACUUGGCCCGAGAAAAUCAAGUUUGCCAUUGGCCUCCUGCCAGCAAUGCUUGGUGGGCAGGCUUAUGUCGAAGCUCAAGAUGGUCUUACUGUUCAGGAUUGGAUGAGAAAGCAGGGGGUACCUGAUCGGGUGACUAAUGAAGUGUUCAUUGCCAUGUCCAAGGCGCUAAACUUUAUUAAUCCAGAUGAACUCUCAAUGCAGUGUAUACUAAUAGCUUUGAACCGAUUUCUUCAGGAGAAGCAUGGGUCAAAGAUGGCCUUUUUAGAUGGUAAUCCCCCAGAAAGGCUAUGCAAGCCCAUGGCUGACCAUAUUGAGUCAUUGGGUGGGGAAGUCCGUACUAACUCACGGAUAAAGAAAAUUGAGCUCAACAAUGAUGGAACAGUGAAGAGCUUUUUAUUGACCAAUGGAAGUGUGAUUGAAGGAGAUGCUUAUGUGUUUGCCACGCCAGUUGAUAUCCUGAAGCUUCUUCUACCUGAUAAUUGGAAGGAGAUGCCAUACUUCACGAAACUGGAGAAAUUAGUUGGAGUACCUGUCAUUAACGUUCACAUAUGGUUUGACAGGAAGCUGAAGAAUGUAUCUGAUCACCUACUCUUCAGCAGGAGUCCGCUUCUUAGUGUAUACGCUGACAUGUCUGUAACCUGUAAGGAAUAUUAUGACCCCAAUAAAUCCAUGCUAGAGUUGGUGUUCGCACCUGCGGAGGAAUGGAUAACACGCAGUGACUUGGAGAUCAUCGAUGCUACAAUGAAUGAACUUGCAAAGCUCUUCCCAGAUGAAAUAUCUGCAGAUCAGAGCAAGGCGAAAAUCCUGAAGUAUCACGUUGUGAAAACUCCAAGGUCUGUAUACAAGACUGUCCCAGAUUGUGAACCUGCCCGUCCAUUGCAGAGAUCUCCAGUUGAGGGUUUCUAUUUGUCUGGUGACUACACUAAACAGAAAUAUUUGGCAUCCAUGGAAGGUGCUGUCCUUUCUGGGAAGCUUUGCGCGCAGGCCAUUGUCCAGGAUUACGAGUUGCUUGCUGCUAGGGGACAGUGGGCUCUGACUGAGGCUACUGUGAGUUUAUGAUGAUGAUGAUUGAAGCCUGCAGCAUUUGGGGAAGGUAGGAAAUGAUUCAGUAACAAGAAGUAGUAAAAUGUAUGUAAGUUCAAUACCCGGUUGUUAGGGAGUGAAUCAGAGUUUGUUUGUUGUCAGCAAGGAAGGGCUCAGAGCCAAAUAUUCUCUCAACAAUUUGUGUACAGACAAAUACUCUGAUAUUGAAACCUCAAGUGAAUCACUUGCAAUGAGUGAAGAAAAAAGUAUGUUUGUC